AUGGUCUACUCCACCGCAGCCAACGUCCCUGUGCAAGUGGCUGGCAUUGCAAAUAGCGAGGGGGGAGCUCAGGCAUUUGUAUCACGUCUCGUAAUGCAAGCAGUUGUUGAUGUUCUCGAGCGGCAAGGUCGUAGUGCCGGCUUGUCUGAUGCAAUAAUCUCUCUCAUUUUGGGUCAGCUCACUGUUCAAGUCAGGUAUACUCCACUGCAAUGCAUGACAGUGGCUGUUAACCCACCAGCAAACAUGCCAUGCACCUGUAUCACCAGCAGUCCCGUUGUUCGUCGAGUGACUCGAGCGGGAGCCGGUAAAUCUUCCAUUUUUUUCUAUUGCUUGCACGAGCAGCCCAGUGAGUUCUGCUCGUUCUGGAGACUCGUCGAGCAUCAUAUCUUCUAG